AUGCAUAGUGCUCUCAACCGUCUCCAGACCACCUUCGGGUAUUUCACCAGCUGUGCCUUUACGCUGGCCUGCAUCAUUGCCCUUCUUUCAAUCAUCCCUGUUCCUGCUCCCACAGGCUCGCCGCGCGCCUCGAUAUCGGUCCGAAAUGUACAAGUCGUCAAGGGUCGUCCUCACUAUUACUCUCAGAAGCGCGAAGAAUAUGCGCAGAUCCGGUUCGAUCUUGACGCCGACCUCUCAAAUCUAUUCACGUGGAACACCAAGCAGUUGUUUGUGUAUGUGACGGCGAACUAUCCAAGUGGCAACGAUGGCAACGGAGGCCUCUCCGAAGCUGUGAUCUGGGACACUAUCAUUCCUGCAACGUCGACUCCCUACUCAUGGCAGAAUCUAAAGCAGCAAUACUUUCCGGACAAGAAGAGCUUGAGGUCGAAGACAAAGAGCAGGAGAGAGUCAAACCCCAAAUCAAAGACGACAGACAUCGUGAAGCCAGGUGUCAUCUCAUUGAAGAACCAGAAACCGAAAUAUCAAAUCACUGAUCCCAGUGGUGUCAUCAGCGAGCGAGGAAAUGCCACCUUGCAGGUUAGCUGGAACGUGCAGCCUUGGGUUGGGGCUCUGAUUUGGGACAAGGGGUAUUUGGGCAGCAGAGUGGGCAAGUGGGAGGCUGGCAGCGUUGGGAGAAGCGAGGCUUUCGAGUUUCCUCCCUUGAAGGGCUCGAGGACAGAUGCUGUCAAGGACAAAGAAGGACCAAAGACUCCCAAAACGGGCUCAGCAACUCCAGUCGUCGAGAUAUGA